GUCUUGCGCCGUAGCAGCUCUUUAAAUUCAAGCUUCAGGUUCCAUCGAGUUCGCCAAUCCGAGAAUUCGAAUCUAAAUAGCACACGCCCACGUGGUCGCUGUCUGUAUCUCCAAGAAUUUUACGAGCCAUCAAAGAGCCUCGUCUCACCUGCCGGACAUAAAAACAUUUAUAAACGUUACGUCUCCAGCUUCAGCAUAUGGUACGAAUUUCGAUAAGCACGUUCGUAUCGGCUCUUCUUGUAGGGAAAGUUUAUAAGUAUAGCCCCAUAUCACCACCAUCUUGAAGUCCGUUUCAACGAUGUUGCCCCUCGUCACCUUAGCAUCUGUCCUCGCUGCUUCUGCCUCCGCUCGGGCUGAAAGCACGCAAGCCCCCUACCUCACUCCCACGUACCCAAAUAUCGCAGCAUGCGUUGACUUACCUCUGCAAUAUUCCUGUGAAAACACUACAGCAUUUACUAACGCAUGCUGUAACGUCGUAGAAGGUGGUCUAGUCUUGCAGACGCAGUUCUGGGAUACGUAUACUGGUCUGGAGGACGAGGGUCAGCUCCUUCCCUAUGGAAGCUGGGGCAUUCACGGCCUUUGGCCAGAUAACUGUGAUGGAUCGUACAGCCAGUACUGCGAUGCCACGAGAGAUUACACGGGACCCAAUGUCACGAGUUUCAUCAAUGAUUUCGGACGCACCGAUCUUCUCGACUACAUGAACAACUUCUGGAUCAACCAAGGGGCACCAAAUGACGAUUUCUGGGCUCACGAGUUCUCUAAACAUGCCACUUGCACAUCCACAUUUGAUGUUGCAUGCUAUGGGCCUGACUAUGUGGAACACAUGGAGGUUGUCAACUUCUAUGAGACUGUCACGAAGGUUUUCCAGAUGUACCCAACCUACAACAUGCUUGCUGCGGCUGGUAUCUUGCCCUCUAACACAACCACUUAUACUCUUGCCGAGAUCACCAAUGCUCUCGUCUCGCAGACGGGUGCUGUGCCUUACCUUGGAUGCAGUGGUAGCGAUGGGACUGUGUUAGAUGAGGUUUGGUACUUCCAUCACGUCUUGGGCACAGAGCAAUACGGUCACUUUAAGACAAUCAACUCCACCACGGCUUCUAGUUGCGCAUCCACUGGAGUCUGGUACUACGAGCGCACCAAUACUUCGGAGCGCCUCGUCAAAUAUUAGGAUGUAAGUCGUUUUAGUGACACUGUUGAACGCUGUAGUCUGUACAGAAAUGAUUAAAUCAAUGCGCGUAAUGCAUGGGUAAAAUAAUUAUCAAGUUCAGUGUGCAUGGAAGUGUUCCUGAAGAGAUGUGCUCGCCAUCGGUAUUGAUGAAUGAACAUGGACGGCUGAUAAGGAUCAUAGCAUCCCUUGGUGAGCAUGGCAGUGAAACUAGCCGGAGCUUGCCAGGGAACGCGAGAAUCAUGUGAUUAACGCGACGCGACGCGGUAUGAUUCCGCAAAUAGACAACAACAUUAACGUUGAGCUUUAAGGUGCACCAAGUCUGCAUGCUGCUUUUGUUCGUGUGCAGCGUGUUUCAUC